UCCAGCUCCUUCACUUAAUAAAACCAGUUCUAGUUUCUACACGCGUAGUGAUGCGCUUUUGGUUGCAGAGAAAGCAGCUUUUACAGAACGUUCAUCUAUUUCAUUUGAUAUCAAAUCUGGGAUUUAUUCUGGCGGUCAAUGCGUGGAAGCUAUAAAUAGGACCUAGUACAUCUGUCUUGCUCGUCUUCCUCAGACUUUCGAGACACACGGAGUUGGGCGCGCGUGUGCAUUGUUACAGGUUAUAGGCGGGAGCCAAAAACGAAUUUAUCAGGGAACCACGGCACUUGUAUACGGGUGGACAGUAUCUACAAUCGGUGUUUUGGAUUCCCAGGGUUUGAAAUAUUGUCAAACUCGUCCUUAUCAUCUUUACACCCACUCCGGAUGUAUUCCCACAUCUCUGUGGUGUAAUUUAGUUGAUGCCCAGCGCCUUUGGGCGCAACUUUACAUCUGGGUUGUCAGAAGAAAUUCAUAAGGAGAUCCCUCGCGCUAGUCAGGUAGCCUUGUUAUCAACCCGCCUUAUUGUUUUGCUGCGACUAAAGCGACAGUUUCCUUGAAGGUUUGGAUUUCAGCAAUGAGAGAGCGGUGGGAUUUAUCGUAUUAUCUAGCGGUGUUCUUCUCGUUGAUGGUACUGUGGCAGUCAAGAUCAAUAGUGCAAUCGUCUGCAUAUGCUUCAGAGGCCUUCAAAAACAACAUCACUCUGUUUACCCGGAUCUUGGACCGCCUUCUGGAUGGCUAUGACAACCGAUUACGACCUGGACUUGGAGAUCGGGUGACGGAGGUGAAGACUGAUAUUUAUGUCACAAGUUUCGGUCCAGUGUCAGACACAGACAUGGAGUACACUGUGGACGUGUUCUUCCGUCAGAGCUGGAUUGACGAGCGGCUGAAGUUCAACGGUCCCAUGAACAUCCUGCGGCUGAACAACCUGAUGGCCAGUAAGAUCUGGACGCCCGACACCUUUUUCCACAACGGGAAGAAAUCUGUAGCUCACAACAUGACCAUGCCCAACAAACUGCUCCGGAUCAUGGAGGAUGGAACACUGCUGUACACUAUGAGGUUAACGGUCCAGGCAGAAUGUCCCAUGCACCUCGAAGAUUUCCCCAUGGAUUCCCACUCCUGUCCACUGAAGUUUGGCAGCUAUGCCUACACAAUGGCCGAGGUGACGUACAUUUGGACCCGAAACGCAUCGGCGUCAGUGGAGGUAGCACUAGAUGGAUCCAGACUGAACCAGUAUCACCUUCAGGGACAAACUGUGGGGACAGAGACCAUUAAAUCAAGCACUGGUGAAUACACUGUCAUGACGGCCCACUUCCACCUGAAGAGGAAGAUUGGCUACUUUGUGAUCCAGACCUACCUGCCCUGCAUCAUGACCGUCAUCCUCUCCCAGGUCUCCUUCUGGCUCAACCGAGAGUCUGUACCCGCCAGAACUGUCUUUGGUGUGACCACUGUGCUCACUAUGACGACUCUCAGUAUCAGUGCCCGUAACUCUCUGCCGAAGGUGGCCUACGCCACAGCCAUGGAUUGGUUCAUUGCAGUGUGCUACGCCUUCGUGUUCUCUGCCCUCAUCGAGUUUGCUACCGUCAACUACUUCACCAAAAGAGGCUGGGCCUGGGAUGGCAAAAGUGUGGUCAAUGUCAAGCAGAAGAAGGAGGCGUCUACCAUGAAGAAGAACAACGCCUAUGCCGUUGCUGUGGCAAACUAUGCCCCGAACGUCACCAAGGACCAAAGUGGUCUGCCCACCAUCUCCAAGAGCGCCACCUCUGACCCCAACAAGGCCAAGCCAGAGGUCAAGCCAGAGCAGAACAAGAAGACCUUCAACAGCGUCAGCAAAAUUGACCUGUCGUGUCUUUGGACCAGGUACACACAAGUGAGUGUUGAUCCUGCAGGUCCCCACAGUACACUGCUAGACUCACCAGGAGUUCAGGGAUGGAUGAAGACUCACUGUUCUUAUCGUAGCUUUUGUAAUGACUCACAGGCUCUAAGACACUGUGACAAAGGGCAGUGAAUGGACACAAAGUGUAAGUGAAGCUUGCAGGAAUGUACUGUGUGCCAAUAUGUAAUAUCACCCUUAUCUAUCAUAGAUUAAUGUUUUGUAUUUACAGAUUAAUUUAAUAACUUUAUCAAGUCUGUGAUUUCCUGUUGUUUCCAAUUUUAUAAGCAAUGUAGCCUUCUUCUCUGAUGUAGAUCAAAGGACCCAAAUACAUCAUGUUAAAUGCUUUACAUUUGGUCAUAUCAAGUCCAUCAAGUAACACUUUAUUUUGUAAUUCAUAGUUUGUUAACAAUUAAGUUAAUUCAUGGGUUCUUUUUUUUUUGUAUAUUUCGUGUGAUUGAGGGCAUCAAGUUGUCCCUAUUGAUCACUCUUUUAACUCCAUAGGAUCACAUUUCUGUUUUAGCCAUGGGUGAGGGCACUAUGCCAUGGCAUUUCUGUUGUAAGUAAAUAUGUAGUUUAGUGGAAAUUGUUACUGUGUUGUACACAAAUUUGGUAUAUUUAAAGAUGUGGCACAAAAUAGACAAUAACAAAAUAUAUGUUUAUUGUUACACACCGGAUAGAUGCAGUGAAAUGUGUUGCUUUACAUGGUCAGCCAUAGUAGUACAACUUACUUUAUGAUGAUAAUUCACACUAUAAAAUCACAAUGUUAAGUGUUUUUACUAAUCCAUGAAUUUUGAACUUUUACUGGAUGUCUGGAAUUGUUGUUACUCUCAUGCUUUGUCAUGGUGAUAUUGUUGUUUAUAAAACUCUGAGCACACAA